AUGCGCCACUUAUCGGCUCUCCCACAGCAGACAGGCCCACCCGCUAGAAAGAAGAGGAAGAAGAACCAGCUGGGCUGGUACAGCCAACUGGUAGUGGACAAGAUUCGCAAGCUCGGGGAGAGGAAUGGCUCGUCCCUGGCCAAGAAAGAGCCCUGGUUCGACCAGCGGAAAGGCCACACGUACCUCAAAUACAGCAUCAAGGCACUGCUGCGCAACAAGACCCUCACUCACACCAAGGGCAUUGGGGCUAAUGGCUCGUUCAGACUGAACCUGCAGACGCUGAGCUGGAAGCACGGGCGUAAGAAGGCCACCGCUGCCAGAUCAGCCAUCAGGAAAGUAGCAUGGGUCACCAAGCGGCAUUCCAGGGGACAUUCCAGGGGCCACAAGGCAAAGCCCAAGAAGGCGAGACACGUCCGGGUAGCCACCAAGAAACCAAAGAAAGCCGAGAGAAGCCUUCCCCAGAGGGAUCCGUACAGCCAGCACAAACCCCUGCUCCACCUGCCAACACUCUGCUGUCAGUAG